CCAGAAAGGCUGCCACGGGGGUGGAGGCGGAGGCGUCAGGGUGUGGGCGUGUCUCCGGCGCAGAGUCCGCAGCAACGCGUUCGGUCCCCAGAAGCGCAGAAGUAGCUGCCGUCGCUUGUGCGCUUGCAGAGAGGUGGGCGGCGGGAAGGCGUCCGGGGUAACCCCAGUCAGCCUCAGCUAUUCCGUUCUUUGCUCACCGGUGCCGGGCGUUUCUCUGAUACCAGCUGAAGGACUGCGAGUUUGGCUCCGAAGUUGUCGCCAUGGGGAGUGUAGUUUCCACUUACCUGGAUGAGAGCCGGAGGCAGAUGAUUACAGCGCACACACGAGAGAUACUGGCUGACUUCGGCCGCCUGUACGAUCAGCAGUACAAGGUGGCGCUGUUCAACAAGGUGCGCUUCGAGAUCGAGGGUGGCGGGGGCCCCCAGUCUCAGCUCCUCCAUCGCAAGGUCCCCUUGGAAGACAAAUCCAUUUUUUCCGGUGGGCUCUACCAGUACCUGGAAGACAGCAAGAAAUGGCGCAUUCGGUACUACUCCAUCCCCGACUCCUACAGCAUCGACUGCUACGAGAACAAGAUGGCUCACGAUAAAGGCCUCGGCCCCAAGGGAACCGUCAACUGCGCUGGCUACAAAGUGCUGUCUUCAAUGGACCAGUAUCUGGAGUUGCUGAAUAACAGUUUACCAGGUGUGAAAGCCAAGGCGGGUGGUCCCCCCUUCUUGAAAUGUGCCACGGCGUUCCCCCUGCUACUGUGGCACCCCUAUGCCCAGCAUCACUACUUCUGCGUGAUGACGGAGAAAGAGCACAAGAAGUGGCUGGCCGUCUUCCAGGACUGCAUCCGGCACGCCAAUAACGGUCUGUCAGAGGAGUGCAAGGUCCAGCCGCCGGCCUUCACGGACGCUGUGAGACUGUAUCGACAGGCGCAGGGGCAGUACGGCACCUGGGACAUGAUGUGCGGUGUGCCCCCGCAGAUCCUGGCCAACCUGGUGAUGGAGAGCCUAGUGCCCGAGCUCCAGAACCUGAUUGGGCCACGACUGAAAGGCAAACCCCAGCAGAGACAGAGGAACUGGAUGCUGAUCCUGGAUGCCGUGUACCAGCAGGUGCUAAGUCAAACCCGCAGCCAGUAUGAGGCUCUGGUGCAGGUCAACGAGUCAGGCCGGCCUGCCCUGGAGGCCUCGUUACGCACCGACAUGGACCAGAUCAUCACCUCCAAAGAGCAUGUGACUGGCAAGAUUCGGGCUCUGGUCCUGCCCAAGGCAGAUGAACUCCUGAGAAGCAACGUUGAGCCCUACAUCGGUUCCAUCCUGGAGGCCCUGAUGGACCCCACCAGCCGUGGCUUCGCAGAGGUCCGUGACGUCUUCAUCCGCGAAACGGUGGAGAUGAGCCACAACGUGGCGAAUGAUGACAGCAGAGAGAAGCUGGCGGAGCACAUGGAGAAGGUGUCCUUGCUGGCUUAUCACCCCGUGAAGAUGCAGAGUUGCUAUGAGAAGGUAGAGCAGCUGCAGCUGGAGGGUCUGCAGCAGCGCUUCGACGUCUGCAGCCCGUCCAUCUUCAUCCAGCGAGCGCAGAUCCUCAUGCGGGAGCAAAUGGACAGUGCGGUCUUCACCUUCGAGCAGCUCCUCAACCAGAGUCUGGAUGGACCGGAGGGAGAUGAUCUGUCUAAGAUCAUUAAUCGCUGCCAGGAAAGAGUCGUCAAGAAAUAUGACUAUGACAGCAGCACUGUACGGAAGCGGUUCUUCAAGGAGGCUCUGCUGCAGAUAAUCAUCCCCUACAUGCUGAAACAGCUGAGUCCUUCCUGCUCCGAGGAGCUGCCUCGAUUCCAGGAGCUGAUCUUUGAGGAUUUCUCUCGCUUCAUCCUGGUGGAGAACAUCUUUGAGGAGGUGGUGCUGCAGUCUGUCAUGAAAGACAUCACAACAGCGGUCCAUGAGGCAGCGGUCCAGAGGCGGCACAACCUCUUCCGAGACAGCAUGAUCCUGACCAACAGCGACCCCAACCUUCAACUGCUUGGGGAGAACCCAUCUAUUGACUGGGGAGCCCAGAGAGGGAGUGGGGGCGCAGAGGCCGCUGAGCUGUUCAAGAGACGGCGCCAAGUGGUAUCCAUGGUAAAGCUGGAUGAGAGGGAUCCCAGCUUACAGGUACCUGGUCAAGAUUGGAUUCCAGAAGAGGAGGGUGAGGAGGAUGGGGAUGAGGCCAGUCCGAGUCCCGCCACCAAUCUGGGCCUUGACUCCAGUCCCGGCCCUAACUCCAAUCUGGGCCUUGCCUCUAGUCCUGGCCCUGCCUCUAGUCCGAGCCUUGCCACCAAUCUGGGCCUUGCCACCAAUCUGGGCCUUGCCACCAAUCUGGGCCUUGCCACCAAUCUGGGCCUUGCCUCCAGUCCUGGCCCUGACUCCAAUCUGGGCCUUGCCUCUAGUCCUGGCCCUGCCUCUAGUCCGAGCCUUGCCACCAAUCUGGGCCUUGCCACCAAUCUGGGCCUUGCCUCCAGUCCUGGCCCUGACUCCAAUCUGGGCCUUGCCUCUAGUCCUGGCCCUGCCUCUAGUCCAGACCUUGCCUCCACUCUGAUCUCUGCCUCCAAUCUAAGUCCUGCCUUCAGCUUGGCCCCCGUCUCCAUCCCAGUCCCUGCUUCCAGUGCAGAAUCUGGCAUUAACCUGGACCCUGCCUCUAGUCCAGAUCCCACUGCGAUAUUGGACCCUGGAUCUAGCCUGGAUCCAACCUCUAGCCCAGACCCCAAUACCCAAAUGUCUCCAGACAGUGUGCAUGAGAUUCGUCAUCUCAUUAACCCCUUCCUGGAGGUGCUUGUGCCCGCUUCCGAGCUGGAUGGGUCACUGCUGCCCAAUGGGAUCAUUCCAAGUGGAGAUGGUGAGGACAGUGUGACCAAGCUGUGCACCACGGAGUGGAGCCCCCUACAGGAAGCUAAAGGUGUGCUUCCUGGAGGAAGUGGAAAAAUAAAUGAGGAUAAGAGCAAGAAUUUCCCCAAGGCUGAUGUACAGCUGGAAACCCCCAUGACUGGCACAGCGUUUGUACAGCCCACUGUGAAUCACCAAAAUGACAGCGGCUUUCAGUCCCCAUCCAGUGAGGUGCUGGACGACGAAGACCGUCAGCCAAUCUCUGAAGUUUUGAAAGCGGAAGAGUCCACUGUUUGUCCAGAGAUGGUGAAGGUGAUGUUUGAGAGUAGUGAUGCGGCUCCCCCCAUGGAGUCAGUGGCCUGAUCCUCUUGGCAACUUCUGAGUUAUUUUUUUUCCCUUAAGAAUUGCAUGACUCCCUCCUUCCUAUGUAAUUGUCUUUUUUUUUUAUGAAACAAGGUUGACCUUGUGGAGCUCAAACUCUGGAGUCAGUCUACGCUGCAGUUGUUCUCCCAUGAUAAUGCCAUCUUUUACUCCCUGUAUUGUUUUAAAGUUUUCGUUUAUGGAUUCUGGGAAUAACCUGUUUAUAGUUAACUGUCAUAGUACGCCCAUUAACAUCACGGAGUAUAUGAUUCUCCGAAUUGCUGUUGACCUCUGCUCAGUCACUAGGUGGGAGAUUUCGCAAUGCUGCAAAAGUAACACUAGGGGGAAGCAUGCUUGCGCACUCAUAGCCGUGUCCUCCGGAAAUUUGUGAGUGGUAUUUCACGAUGGUCCACCAGGUUAUUUAGGUUUGGGAAGACGGACCGUGCCAGAUCACGAAGGAAUGGUGGAGGUAACCUGUUUUUGUCACAUCAUCAAGGUGAAAGGUCUGCUGUGAUGUUAGCACGAGGUGUUUUCCAGUGGUGAACUAGUAAUUUCGAUGCAUGUUUUUCUCUCACAUUCAACUAAAACCCCAUUGAAAUGAUAAACACCAUAAACGGUGCAACUAAAGAUUCUGUUCAUAGCCUACUGAAGUCACAUUUGUUUCAUUCCCAGGUGGGUAACUUUUCACUUGAUGUGACGGGCAGGCUGGCUUAGUGGCAGUGAUCGGUGCCACUGGUUAACCAUUUAAUCGUUUUGGUGUUCUGCCACUUCGCAGUUGCGCAAUGCUUCUGAUAAUUAAUGAAUCGGUGGCUAGCGAAGGACUUUUGGGGGAAUGCUGAGAGAUUAGCAUGUAGCAGCGCAACAUACCAUCGGUCCCACUGAUACUAUUCAUCUGCUCGGUUUUAAGUGACUAACAUGCCUUACUGCUUUAGCCACGGAGCUUAGCCACAGUCUGCAUUUCGCUUCCUCAUCGUAAAGGAGCAAGUUUCUCAGCAAUACUCCUGACCUGAGUUUACUUUCCAAAUGGCUUGGGUCAACUGGUCCAGUGCUAACGAAUCCACUGAAACCAAGUAGACGAUGCACUUGCUAAGAGACGACUAUGUUUGUCGAUCGUAUACAUUCCCAAUAUACAUAGAUGUUUUUUUUUUUUUUUUUUAACUCCAGAGCGGUUUUUGUUUAGUAUUUUAUUGUGAGGGUACAGUACAGAGGCAUUUCUGAGCAGACGGGCUGCUGGGAAGUGCUUCUGUAUUCCGUUACUCUUUUAUUUAUUAAAUAUGAAGUGCCUUCUUCACAGCUUCUGCCUAACUCCCAGCCUUCUUUCACCUUUGUGCCUGGUUUAUAGGAGUGCUAUAAUAGUGCUUUAUUAAAACUAAUAUUAAAUCAGAUUUUGGAGUUAAUCUUGUCUUUUUUGGGGGGGCCAGAGUAUUUGGGAGGAACUUUAAACUAUUCUAUUAUCAAUAAAAUAUGUUCUAUACUGUC